UCACAAAACUGAAGAUUAUGUAAGCACAGCACAGUAUGCUGUUGACUGUUUGGGGCCGAUUGGGAAUGUAACCUAUGGUUAUCUAUACCACAGUAUAGAUAACUAAACCUUUUUAUUUUUGUAAGACUUGCCAGAGAGUGUGGGUAGGGAAUUAAAAACAAGCGUCAUAUCAAACCUGUAACUUAAACACAUCUCUCUGGGCACACCUUGUAUCUACAAAUCUGAAGAUGAUGGCUCGUUUGUGCAAAAUAACAGGAAUCACUGACAGCUCAUCAUCAAUCGCUGGACCAUAAUCAGUUUCAAGAGGUCUCUUCUUCACACAAUUAUCAACAAGAUUCUCGUCAAACUUCUGGUUUGUGUUCCUGUAGCUCGUGCAUCGAAAACGAAAGUACAAUGUCAACGCGAGUAUUACAGUUUUUGUUGGUGUCCUCUAUGGUGGGUUUAAAGGCGCAAUACACUGGGAAUCACAGUUUGAUCAUACAUGUGACAUUUGCGCCUGGACAUGAUUAUUUGCCAACAUACUCUUCCUAUGGCAUGCUUGAUGAUUAUAGAGUAUUUACCUACGACAGCAUCACUGAUGUGUUUUCACACCCAUUUGGCCAAAAGGAAGCUCUCUCUACUGUCUGGAGAGAUCUUAGAGAUUGCACAAAUUUUAAAACUGGUUAUUUUAACUUGUUUUCAAGAUAUGCAAAUUUAACAGUGGGGUUGAAAGGUCCACUCAUACAGUUAAUGUAUGGAUGUCAGCUGAACCAUAAUGAAACAUCUAGUGGAUUGUACCAUAUAUCAGUCAAUGGAGAGUACAGUCUAUCUAUGGACAUGGACAGCCCCAUUUGGCACUCAUAUUUGCCACAGGAUCUGGACAUUAAGAAUAUUCUUAACGGGUUUGACCUCUGGAAUCACAAUAAUCUUAUAUACAUUCACCGGGAUUGCGUACCUCGACUCAAGACGUUUUACAUACACAGUAGAGAAAUUGUAGAGAAAAAAGUUUGUCCUGAAGCUGUGAUCAAGCAUCAAUAUGAUGGUGUUCUCAUCUGUGUGGUAACUGGGUUUUACCCUAAAGAUAUCACUGUGGAGUGGAUUGUUGAUGGAAAGCCAGCAUCCGAUGGCACAUCAACAGGUCUCCUGCCAAAUCAUGACCAGACAUACCAGGUUCAGGUGACAACUAUGUUGUCUAAAACGACACGCAACUACUCUUGUCAAAUAGAGCACAGUAGUCUUAAAAAGCCAUUGGUUCUUACAUGGGAUGUUUCAUCAAGUUUGACUGAAGAAACCUCUUCAAGACACAUUGGUUUAAUAGCAGCACUUUUUGUGGUGUUUGUUGUAAUAAUAAUUCUUAUUUGUUUUACAUUGAAAAGUCUAGAAAUGUGAAUGCAUAUGUAAAAAAUGUGUCAAAUAUGAAAUUUGGAAAAGAAGACUUUAUUUGUAUAUUUAUUUAAAUGUUAACAUAUAUAGACUAUUUUUAGUAUUGCAUUAAUAUUAUUUUGUAAACUUAAUUUCAGUGAAGUGCCUUCGUCAAUUUUUAAAUCCAAAUAGACUGUCAUCAGUAUGACAGUAGGUAAAAAAUGAAAAUUGUCUCCUUUUAAAUGUCCAAUGAAGUUUGCACUGCUGUUUCAGUAAAUAUUAGAUACUUGCAUCGAUGUCUUUCUUGACACUGAUAUGGACACAUUACAGAAAUGGACAAUUCACUACCUUAACAACAUUCAUUUUUGCAUGUUGCUAUAAAUUUGGUUAUAAAACUUAAAUAAUCUUGUCUGAUAUAUUUCAGAUCUUAUAUCAUCCGGUAACAGUUUCUGUCAGAAGGCUUUCUGACAUGGCAAAAGCUAUUUUAUCAACACAUAACCUCACAGAUUCCAGACACUGGUGUAUGAAUACCUUUUUUGUUUUGAGAAAUAUAAUCACUAUUAAAUAAAUUAAUUUUAAGGGAAAAAAACACCCUGUCUGCACAACCCAGUCAUUUUUUUGUGAUUUACUGAUUUACUACUACAUAAUGUCAAGAACAUUCUGUGAAAAUAUAAUCUUGAUAUCUUUAAUAUUGACUUGAGUAAGGCCAUGUCAAAGAUUGAAAUCCUAGUGAAAUAAAUGGUUGAAA